AUGGCGGCCGCGGUGCUGGCGGCGUCGGAGGGCGGCGGCGGCGCGGGCGGAGGAAGCAGCGGCUGCUCCGGCGGGGUCUCCGGGGCGCUCAUGCCGGGGGGAGGAGGAGGAGGAGCGGGCCUGGGCUCGGGGGGCGGCGGAGGCGGCGGCGGCGCUGCUGCCUCUUCGGCGGGCCCGUCGUCGUGGACGCGCUCGUUGGAGCGGGCGCUGGAGGAGGCGGCGGCCAGCGGCGCCCUCAGCCUGAGCGGCAGGAAGCUGAGGGACUACCCGCGGGGCAGCGCCGCCAGCCACGACCUCAGCGACACCACGCAGGCCGGUUUUGGAAAGAACCGUUUAGGACGCAGAAAACGGGUGGCUGGAAAGAGGCCUCCCUAUGGAGUCAAAACCGGGCUAGCGGCAAGGAAAGCCUUGGGCUCUCACAAAGGCAUCAGCCCCCUCAACAGAUCGCCUCUCAGUGAAAAGCGGGACUACUCGGUUUUGAAAAGGAAGACCGCCAUCCAAAGACAAUCUGAGUUGCAGAGAAAGCAAGGAUCCAUUCUCAGGAGGCCUACUCUGUUAAACAGAAGAACCAACAUACAGUCUCCUUCUGCCCGGAUCGGGAAUAAGCUCUACCAGCAGAAAGACGCACGCCAAGCCACUUUCCUUUUUAAGAGGGGCCUGAAGGUGCAGGCCCAAGUCCAUCCAGAAGAUGACCUAAGCGCCCAGGUCACAAACAGAAGUCGCCCAUGGCGAACAUCCACUACAAAUGGAGGGAUUUUGACAGUAUCCAUUGACAAUCCUGGCGCAGUCCCAUCCCCCAUCUCCUUUGAAGCCAAGGCUGACCAGCACUCCCGUGCCUCCCUUCCUCUUGAAGAAGGACCAGUCGGAAGAAAAGAAGAUUCCCAAAGGGGUCCCGCUGCAGUUUGAUAUCAACAGUGUCGGAAAGCAGACAAACAUGACCCUCAACGAGCGCUUUGGGAUCCUGAAGGAGCAGAGAACGGCUCUCUCCCAGAACAAAGGCAGCCGUUUCGUGACUGUGGGCUAGAGGGCCUGU